GUUUAAGGGUGUAAAGUGAACCGGUGUUAGUCAGCGGCGACCGAAGCAACGCCAGCGCCCACGCCCACUGAUGGGCCCAAAAACAGGACGUUCCAACCAUUCACCGUCGCCUUCCGCGCCCGCCGCGCCAGAUGCACAGCGCGAUGCCUGUAACCGGUUCUCAACUCCAGGCCGCUGAGCCGCAGCGGAAACGCCGACGGAAGAUCUGGUCGUGUACCGAGUGCCGUCGAAGAAAGGUACAAUGCGAUCGGCUUUUCCCGGUGUGUGGCAGAUGCUCCAGGUCUGGCAACAGCGCUUGUUGUGUUUAUCUUGAUGAUGUGCCGACCACUUCCGCAACUGACCCCAGCCAGCUUAGCGAUGCGAACGACCUGGUUCGUGGUAGAUGCGGUGGGCCUGGUCAAUCCUCAUCGAGUCAAGGAGACCAAUUAACCUUGGAAAAACUGGCCGAGCGCGUACAUCGCCUGGAGUCUUCUCUGUCGCAAUAUAAAACUGCACUCGCUGAAGCAGUCCGUCCUCACGCACCCCUGGUAGUAGAUAAUAACUUUGAUACACAUUGCGGGACUCUGGCUCCGGAUGACAGAAGUUUGGACCCGCCCUUGAGAGGCAAGGGGUUUGCGACCAAGUUUAACGGCAGUACUCACACGAGUGCUCUGCUUAACCAAGUCCCCGGCCUUCGCCAGUUCACCAGGGAAGCUUUCGAUAAAUUCCCGGCGAUAGACCAAAUCCGCCGCGCCGUGCAUCAUUCGGAAACAUGGAACAACACAGCCAGUCCAGUGACUGUCGAGAGUCUGCGUGCCCUACUGCCACCGCGACCAGAGACAGAUGCGCUGGUCGAAGCGUAUUUGCAGACUUUCGAAUUCGUCUAUCACAUUCUGCACCUUCCUGAUUUCAAAAAGGAUUACAAAGACCUUUGGGAAGAGGGGGGCAGCCGGAAGCCACAUUUUGUUACUGUCGUGCUACUAAUUGUUGCUAUCGCAUUGUGCUUGACUUCAACUGCCGCAAGGGCACCGGGCUCUGAACGUCCACCAUCCCGCGACAGAGCCACACGUCUUAUCCAGGCCUGUGAGAAUUGGUUCCAAUUAAGACCCUUGCGAUAUGCCCAUUUGCUUGACUUUCAGGCGGGCUUUUUGCUUCUGCUUGCGCGGCAGCUGAACGGGCGCAGAUACAAGCAGACCUGGUCAAAUGCCGGGAAGCUUGUUCGAAAUUUCAUGAGUGCUGGCCUACAUCGCGAGGGCUCUAGCCUGGGAGGGGAUAUCUCAAGCCUGGAUAGGGAAUUGCGCCGACGAAUAUGGGCAGCCGCUGCCGAGUUUGAAUUGCAGGCAUCUCUUGAACAGGGAAUGACCCCCAUGCCCUGGAUGCAGCAGUCGGACAUCCUUCCACCGAAGAACAUUCCCGACGAAAGCUUUGAGGACUUGGUUGAUUUGUCGGAACUCACUCGUACUUUAAAUCCAUCGUGGUACUUGUCUACCUCAACACUGAGCCUUUCGUUUCGACAUUCGCUUACUAGUUUGCUAAACGACCCCCAUGCUGUUAUUUCAUUUUUGGACGUGAAAGAGCACACAGAACGAAUCAUUUCCUAUCUUUCUGCGGUACCUCCAUACAGUACCCUCAAAGCCGAGCCCAUAUCUGCUUUGCUCCGCAUCAACCUGCAACAAUAUCAGCUGGUGCUCCACCUAAGGCAGGCAACACAGUCAACCUCCCCUGCCGAAAGGGAUUUCUCUCUCAUGGUAAUGUGGAAUAGCGCCAGGGAAAUAAUUACAACGCACCGGGAACUGCUAGCCAACGCAAGUAACAUGCUAGAACUACUCUGCGGAGAUCAGUUCAGAGCUGCCUUGUCGCUCUGUUACGUCUACGUAGCAUGCAAGUCGAUGACGAACAUCACCUUUCUGACCCUGCCGGAUCAUGACUUCUUUCUGUUCAUGAGAGAUGCAACGACACUGAUUCAAAACAAAACACUUCGUUUCAGUGGUGACCAGAGACAGCUCUGGAUUACCACGGCAUCACAAGCUUUCAUGAAGGCCUUUAAUGAACCACAUAGGAGAGAUCACUUCUUGAAACUCGCGGUUGAGGAAUUCAUUGCAUCGUUUGACAACGAAAAGGAUAUUUCCUCGCAGCCUGCUAGCAAGACGACCACUGCAGAGAGUGCUCCUCUUACAGAAGCACCUUUGGAAAUCCAACCCCCCGAUGAUCCGAUUAUGGCACAGGAUAUUUUCCACGAUAGGUUGGAUUGGAGCGGUUGGGAAAUGGAUGGUUUGGAUACAUUGGACCUUGUAGACUUCCUUGAUUUCGAUUGAUCCUGACCGAAAGAAAUGGACAACGCACAUCAUUGCCUACUCAUCCAACGGUUUGAAUAUAACAACAUCAAUGAACGACCUGUAGCGCGUUUUACCCUAAAUUUGACGGGCCUUACCCUCGACUCGAUACUCUAUGCUAGGAAGAACAAUGUAAGAAGUAUGGAGCACUAGUACUAUUCUAAGAUACGCUUCUGUCAUAUGCCUCCAAAAUAAAGUUUUCCUUGUUCAACUCGGUUGAACUCGCGUGGUAGAGAGUGGGC